CCGGCAUAUGGUGUCAACAUAUAGUGCGUCAACUGCCAAUCCGGUUUGUGUAUUUGACAUAGCUGUUGCAUGCCAGCUUCCGGCAGGCUCACGAAACAACCAUCCCUCAAGAAACACUCUUCAGGUGUCAGAUAGUUAUUCGUUAAUGCACCUAGUUUAGGUUUAUUACGGAUGGCAAGAGGUUUGCAAGCGUUGUCUACAGGCCCGGCCCCAGAAGUUAUUGCGAAUCCAGCUUUUAGGUAUGGCUUGAACCGUGCAUCAACGAGGCAUCCGCGUGGAUCCCGGGCGCUGCGGAUGCGCCGAGCAGCUCGUCUAUCCACGUUCGGCGCAGCUUCCUCCACGCCCCCCACCUCCACUCUCCAGAACUCCGCAAGCCUCACCAUUCGCCGCACCACACCCUUCAAGCCCUUCCGCAGCGUCUCCUGUUCAGCCCUGGUUCUCGACAUGCCCCACGGCCACGUCCUCCCCAGCAUCAUCGCCUCCACAGCCUACCAGUCCAACAUCACCACCGUACAGUGCUAUGUCGUACAAAACACCGCGCGCGCUCCGCACCACCCCCUGCUACACGCCGCCCCCAUGCAAGCAGCGCCACCACUCGACCUCCUCCCCGACCCACCAUCCCUUCCCUACAACCCCAACGUGUCGCAACUGCCACCGCACUCGAUAGCUCCGUGGGCCGCCGCAGCUGCCGGCAACCUGCAGCCGCCCACCCAUGCGCACGUGUCUGCUACAGCCCUGCUGGGCCGCUACAACGCCUUUCCCGGCAGCAGCAGCCGCCACCUGGUGGGUGAUUUGGACCAGUCGACUGACUUUGGCUUGGCGGUUUGCCUGGCGACACCCAUGGAUCCUGGGCCCCCGCGGCUGCUGGAGAGGCAGCCGUUGGAACCGUUGCCAGCGGGGACAUCCACAACCACAACGGCAACCACCGCUACAGCAACCGCAACUGCAAGCACCACUGCCGCGUCGACCUCCACUGCCGCUGCAGCUGGGAGGACCGUCGCCGUCUCCCACACCACUUCAGAGCAGCGGGAGCAGCCGCUUGAAGAGGAGGAGGAGGGGUUGCAGCAGGGCGCUGGGAUGUGGGGCGAGUGGGCGCGCAGGCGCAGGCAACGGCGGGAGUGGCGGGUGGGGGCGGGGCGCGGACACGUGCAGCGGAGCGGGCCCUCGGUUCCUCCGAAGAAACAGCGCAAGGGGGAGCAGGAGGAGCAGGAGGAGUGUUGGGUGCGGCUGCUGAGAGCAAUGCAGCGGGGGUAAGGGCUAGGUGGUCAUGCCCCGAGCAUUAACGUACUUUGUGAGGUGGGAUGAGCUAAAGAGAACCAUGCAGGAGCAGCGUUUGCUGGGGGAGAAAGAGCACGAGGAGGUUGGGGUGGGGUGGGGUGGGCUGCAACAGGAUGGUGAGCAGUGGGAAGAGCUGGAGGGAUAAGUUUGUGUGCUCCGCCGCUGCCGUUGUACUCGUGCUUGCGUUGUCGUUGCUGUAGGGCCUAAAAUUGUUCCAAUAAGCAUUACUCGCCAGCGCUAGUGGCUGCGGUCCCGAAGCCCUUUGGUGUCUACUUCGUGUCAAGCAUGUCCAGGCUCAGCGCAUGUUAGCUGCUUACCGGUGUUCGGGUGUCCAAUUGUGAUGUCGUGCAUCCUACCCGUAUUGAUUUUAGUUGUAUUGAGUUUAUCAAUUGAUAGAUACCCUAUUUUUUAACGUUCUUGCAUUGGGGCAAGACCAUUAGUAAGGCAUGGGUGGACGUUCGCCGAUGCCCUAAAUUGUCAUGCUUUGCAUCGGCCAAUCUCCGGGGUGUUCACCUCUGCUGUUCGUGACCUACGUGGACCCAUGCGUCGUAUCGCGACUAGCGUGAGUGCUAUGUCUUGUAGCGGUUGAGGAGUGGUGCCUUCUCGUGCCAUUUAUGUUUAUUUGCUUAUUAUUGCAUUAAUGUACGCGAGCUUUAUAUUUAGCGGCAAGUACGUGAACGCGGCAGGUCGCAGGUGGCUAGUUGUGCCGUAUGACAACUGCGUGCACAGCUGUGGCUUCUCACUUUUUUUACGCUUCACCUUCAUUUAUCUGUUUACUAGUAUUACUAGUAUUAUUUUUGUAGCUUUAGUUUUGCUUAUCCGCCUGUGCGAGAACACUAGCGUUCCCAGGUGGAGCGCUCCUGGUGGAGUUCAUUUCUGAGGUUCUUUGGAAGACCAGAUGGCUUUUCCAGCAAUUCUCUGUAGCAAAGAGCGAUUGAAAGGAUUUUCUGACAGACGCUGAACGGCAUAAUGCUGUUGGGCAUGCGGCGUUGGGCUGGCAGGCGCACCACUGAGCCAAUUCCCAACAACAUGGCACUCCUUGGCUGGUGCCGGGCAUGUCGUACAGUCGUACAGCGGCAUCACCACCUGCUGGUCCCCCGGUUUUCCCCGCAGCAGCAGCGCUCAAGCCUGCCGUACAACGCCUGCAGCCACCCUUCGGGACCAGGAGGCCUUGCCCCCGGCAGCGCGUCUAUCAACGGUGCCGCUACCAGUGCUUUCCCCUCCCCUGCUGCCAGCGGACUAGCUUCUUCAACCUCCUCCCCAGCCAGGACGGCACCGCUGGUAAGGUCAGCCAGCUCUCCCCAUGCGAGCAGCCUGUGCGCUGCAGCAGCCACUGGCAGGGCUGCCACUGGCGGCAGGGAGCUCGAUGUUCGUACGUGGGCUAGCCACUCCAGGAAAGGCAGCAGCAGCAACAGCAGCAACAACAACAGCCACGCACGGUCAUCGUACCACAGUGCUAGCAGCGGUCGCAGCAGCAACAGGGGCAGCAUUUCCAGCAAGGAAGCCGCUGGCAGCAGGGACACCAAGGGCGCACCACGUCAGCGGGCCUCGCUCGGGACUGCACGCCCGGGCACCUUUGCUUCGCCCUCCACUUCAGCAGAGCAUAGGCCGCCUCGCAACGGCAGCAGCAGUAGCACCAGCAGUAGCAAUAGUAGCUGCCCCGCUGCUGCUGCUGCCCCAGACGUGCCCCCCAACCCGCUGCUAGCAGCACUGCUGCGAGUGGUGACACCCCUGGAGGCGGCGGGGUACGCCUACUGGGCGGUACGGCGGACAGCUGCCUGGCUGCAUGGCGUCGUACUGCCGCCCCAGCUGACUGUACGGCAGGCGGACGGCAUGCAGCGGCAUCAGGCCCAGCAGCAGCAGGAGCAGGAGACGAUGAGCGGCGGUGCAGCUGUAGUUGUGGAGGAGGAGGGCGACCCGCGGGUCGCUGCUGCUGCGGAUGCAGAGAACCUUGACUCCACCCAUCACCACCUCCCCCCUCCUGACUUGGAGCUGGAGGUGCAGUGGGACCAAAUGCAGACGGUCCACUCGCUGUUCAGCCGCCCCGGCUCCGACUGGCACCCCAGCCCGCUGCAGCUGCUGCCGGGGGGCAGGGCGGCCUUCACCAUGAGCUCACCCCUGCCUUUGCCGCCACUUUCAACAACACCAGUUUCAUCCAAAUCUUCAUCUUCAUCGUCAUCGUCAUCACCAUUAUCGCCUUCACAAAUCCCCACCUCCACCUCCACUCCCGCCCCUGUGGCGAUAGUGGUGGUCCGCAUCGGCUGUGUGUUCAACACAGUGCUCCGAUCCAACCCCGCGAGAGUGCUGAUACGGCCGCAACCCCCACCC